UGAAUCAAUUUAAAACUUGUUUUAAAAAGCUUUAACAGCAAAUUGAAAAAGGAUUUUUGAUUAUUUCUUUUAAUCUGUGAUAGCUUAGAUGCUUGUCAACAUCUGGAAGAAGAUAUAAACAAAAAUCACACAGUAGAAAAUGUUCUUGAAGCGUUUCCAUUUUCUGCAAUUAAGGAAUUUUACAAUAAUCAAAAGAGCUGAGCUAUAUCGGCGAUGCUACGAAAUUCUCGGUAUCCCUGAUAGUUCAGAUCAAAACACUGUUCGACGAGCUUACAUUGAAAUUGUAAAGAAAGUUCAUCCUGACAGUGGCCAUCCAGAAGCAUCUGCAGAAAAGUUUCAAGAAGUUGAUGAAUGUUUUAAGCUUCUUAUGGAAAAAUAUGCCAAAAAUAGAAGAAAUAUCGAACUCGAUCCAGAUGAUGACGUUAAAGUGUUUGACAUUCGUCACACUGCGCCACAACAUCGUCAGUUCCUAACGUAUGGUGGCUUUGGAAUUGGUACACCAUUUCAACGUGAAAAGCAAUAUCAACAACGACGUGCAAUGAAAGCGCAAGAAAAUGUGCUCGAACAUCGAUUGCAGAAAUCUAUUGCAAGUGAAGGUGCCUUGAUUAAGAAAGGCGGUGGCGAUCACUUCAAGAAACAUGCAAUUAAAACCAAAUACGGAUUUGAUCGUGUUGUUGAAGAUUUGAUUCAAGAAGCAAUGAACAAAGGAGACUUUAAUAAUCUUUCAGGUGCUGGCAAACCAUUAAAGGAUCUUCAAUCACAGAAUCCUUACGUCGACUUCACAACGCAUAAAAUGAAUAAAAUUCUGAUUGAUAAUGGCUUCACACCUGCUUGGAUUCUACUUCAUAAAGAGAUUCGUGUUGAUAUUGAUGAGCUCAAAGAAUGUCUAAAAAAAGAAAGAUCGAAAUUUCAUAAUCCAUUGGAACUUCACGAAACUUUUUUUUGGGACAAAACUCUUAAGAAAGCUCAAGAAAACGUAACGAAAAUUAAUAAAAAGAUUGAUAACUUUAAUUUAAUUGUACCAACAAUGAGCAAACAAAUGACGCACAUUCAAUUAAAUUCAAUAGCUGAAAAGAUUCUUAAUACAAAACCUGAUCAUGGUUUUCCAACAAUCGAAGAACCAAAUAAAAGUCAACAACCUGCAGAUAAUAAAACAGAUUUAUUUUCUUUAAUUAAUUUUAUCAUGAAAUAGAAAAAAAUAUAUUUAAUGGAUCUUCAAGAUCCAAGUUAUUUGUGAUGAUGAAUUAAAUAUUUAUUCAUUAAAAUUAAAAGCUCAUGUUAAAUCCAUCCAAGCUCAUGCUUCAUAAAUCAUCGUUGUUUCCAAGGUUGUUUUAAUUGUGCAAUGACUUGAAAUUCGAGUGUCAUCGUAUUGCAACCUCAUACUGUUUUUAUUUCACUGCAAAGUUUUUAUUUUAAAGACACGAAAAAUUAAAGAAUAUUUGAAUAGAAACACAGAAUAGCUUUUCA